AUGAGUGAAGCUCAUUUUGCCACAGACCUGAUUGAAGCACAAUUCUUGGAAAGCCCCAGUGGAGCGGACGCAGAUGCGAUGGACAUUGAAAACUCUCGAGUGGCCAGAACAGCAACUCUGGACCUUCUUGCCAAUAUAUCUAGGAAAUCGUUUGGAGUAUGCAAGGGCACGCCGGAGCCUGUUGGCGCAACAUUAUUUGGCCAAACGUCAUUCGUUAUCUGCUAG